AUGAACAGAUCAAUAGCUAUACGACAACUAAAUAAGCCAUUGAUACAUUAUAGAUCAUUAUAUUUACAUCAAAGAAAUAAUAUAUGUAAAUAUAUAAAUCCACAAGGUUUAAAACACGAAUUAACCAAUGACAAUAUACAAAUGAUAACUAAUAUAACAUCAAAUUAUAAAAUACCAAAUGAUAUAGCAUUACAAAUUAUAACUCAUAAGUCUUUAGGUGGUGGAUUAAAACCACAUAAUGAAAAGUUAUCAAUAUAUGGUAAAAAAGUAUUUAAAUUGGCAAUAAUAAAUAGAAUAACUAAAACCACUGAUUCCGAACCAAAUUUAAAUGUAUUAGCAUCAGAUAUAUAUGAUAAAUUAACAGAUGAAAAAGUAAUGGAAUUAUUUACUAAUCAAUCACAAUUAAAUAAAGUAAUGUUUUGGAAUAAUAAAUCUAAUUUAACAGCAGCCACGGUUAAUAUAUUUUAUAGUUUAAUUGGUGUUAUAAAUUUAAUACAUGGAAAGGCAAAAGCUGAAUCAUUUAUUAAUGAUACAAUUUUCAGUCAAAUAGAAACUAUCGCUACUGAACAAUUAAACAUAAACAUGUAA